GGCAUGGCAGAGAUGAGGUCGGGGCUGCCAACCGGGCUGCAGCUCAGCGCGCUGCCGGACCACUCGCCGCUGCUGCAGCCCAGCCUGGCGGAGCUGCGGCGCCGAGCCCGGGAGGAGGGCACCUGGUUCGCGCCGCUGCCGCUCACCGAUUCCUUUCUACUUCGAUUCCUGCGCGCCCGGGAUUUUGACCUGGACCUGGCCUGGCGGUUACUAAAAAACUAUUAUAAAUGGAGAGCAGAAUGUCCAGAACUAAGCGCAGAUCUCCAUCCUGGAAGUAUCCUUGGCCUUUUGAAGGCUGGCUACCAUGGAGUUCUGAGAUCCAGGGAUCCCACUGGCAGCAAAGUUCUUAUUUACAGAAUUGCACAAUGGGACCCAAAAGUUUUUACAGCUUACGAUGUAUUUCGUGUAAGUCUAAUUACAUCUGAGCUUAUUGUACAGGAAGUAGAAACACAACGGAAUGGAGUCAAGGCUAUAUUUGAUCUGGAAGGUUGGCAAUUUUCUCAUGCGUUUCAAAUUACCCCAUCUGUAGCCAAGAAGAUUGCUGCUGUACUUACUGAUUCCUUUCCAUUGAAAGUUCGUGGCAUCCAUUUGAUAAAUGAGCCAGUAAUUUUUCAUGCUGUCUUUUCCAUGAUUAAACCAUUCCUGACUGAAAAGAUUAAGGAACGAAUUCACAUGCAUGGGAACAAUUACAAACAAAGCCUACUUCAGUAUUUUCCUGACAUUCUUCCUCUGGAAUAUGGUGGUGAAGAACUCUCCAUGGAGGACAUUUGUCAAGAGUGGACAAAUUUUAUAACGAAGUCUGAAGAUUAUCUCAGCAGCAUUUCUGAGACCAUUCAAUGAGAAGAAGCUAUUUCAUAUGAGUGGCUUCCUCAUAAAAAUAUGUGAGAGAGAUCCUAUCUGAUUACAUAAUGAAAGAAAAAGAACAAAUCUUUUAAACUAAUUCAUGCUUGUCUUAUCUUUAAAAAUGUUAAAAUCUCUUAUAUGAGCAAUAUGGGCAUGUGGGAGGCUUUUUUACUUUUUAAAUGUAUUUUUUUUUUAAAAAAAACUUUGAAGUAAUUAAAUGUUGGUAUAUUUGAAAGGCACAGAAGAGACUGCUGAUUCUUACACAUUUCUCAAGUGACUGUUCAUAUGUAUUUUUGUAUGUUUCUGGAAAGUUUAAUUUUAAACAAAUUUUCUGAUUACAUUUGUUUGGUACUAGAUUUAUAAAUAGUCCAGUGAAAAGAAAUACUAUACAAAUCAACUGAUGGUGGAAACCUAUUAACACUGAUUUUUGGUGCCCGAUUAAAUUAUAAUUCAGAAUAAAAUCUCAAUACAGCUUUAUGGCUAUUUCUAUGGGCCAUCUGAUGGCUCAUCUCAGGGAAAUUCUAUUUAGCAUAUUUGCACAUUAGAAACUUUUGACUGAAGAAUUUUUAUGCCAUAUUAUUCUAUUUAGCAUCUAUAGGUCUCCAGGAAAUUACUGAUAUUGAUAUAAUUGAAACAUAUUUAUAAAAUAUUUCAGGCACAGUUGGCUUUCAAUUUAUUCUCAAAUAAAUAAAAAAUAUAAUUUUGACCUCUGUUCAUGGUUAUUCUUAUCAUGACUACACAGAUAUUUGGAGAGUGAGUAAUGUUUAAUUGUCUUUUAUAGGAACAAUUUCUAGUUGAAUAAUCAAUAGAACUACACAAAGAAAAGGAAGUGUUUAUAUUUUAAAAAUCAUUAUCAAUUACAUAUAGUAUUUUUCAGGUUAUUCAUAAAACAAUUUAGAUUUACUAUUAUAUCAAGAUAUUCUAAAUCUCAUAAUUUAUAUUUACUUAAAAAAUUUGUAGUUGGGAUGUGCUGUUUAUAUUCUAGUUUAUGUCAAAGAGUAUUUUAGUUAUCAAUAAAGAUAUAAUCUUAUCCCUCAUAUUCAACAUAGCUUUUAUGUC